CUCUUGCCUUCUCACACUCCUCCUCACACCUUGCUGACUCUUUUAUGUGGAGGCUAUAAACUGCUUUCCAUCAUGUCUAGUGUGGCUCCUUUUGCCUUGAAACAGGCCUCAAGAGCCUAUGCCCGCCGGCUGACGGCGGCACAGCACGCCCUUCCCUGGAGGGCGCUCGCCACCCCUAGCUAUAGGACCUUCGUCUCGGAGACCAAGGCUGGAAAUGCCCAAGUCUCAGUCGACACGGCCAUCAAGCAGGAACAGAAGGAUUUUUUGAAGCAGACUGGCGUCCAGCCGCAAAAUGCUGAACUUCCCGCCUCCGGUAUUACGGGCGAUACCGCUAUGAGCCCGGCUGCCGGCAUCCUCAAGCAGGCUACGAUCAUGGACCAAGGAACACGACCGAUCUAUCUUGAUGCGCAAGCUACCACCCCGACCGACCCCCGCGUUCUCGACGCUAUGCUUCCGUACCUCACCGGUAUCUACGGCAACCCGCAUUCACGGACGCACGCAUACGGAUGGGAGUCUGAAAAGGCCGUGGAGCAGGCCCGUGGAUAUGUUGCGAACUUGAUUGGGGCUGAUGCGAAGGAAAUCAUCUUCACGAGUGGUGCGACCGAGAGCAACAACAUGAGUAUCAAGGGUGUGGCGCGGUUCUUUGGCCGAUCCGGAAAGAAGAAGCAUAUCAUCACCAGUCAGACUGAGCACAAAUGUGUUCUUGACAGCUGCCGACACCUUCAGGAUGAGGGCUUCGAUGUGACCUACCUUCCUGUUCAAAGUAACGGUCUGAUUAAGCUUGAAGAUCUGGAGGCUGCCAUGCGUCCGGACACUGCUCUUGUCAGUAUCAUGGCUGUCAACAAUGAGAUUGGCGUUGUUCAACCGCUAGAGGAGAUCGGAAAGCUUUGCCGCUCCAAGAAGAUCUUCUUCCACACCGAUGCCGCUCAGGCCGUGGGCAAGAUUCCGAUCGAUGUUAACAAGAUGAACAUCGAUCUCCUGUCCGUCUCUAGCCACAAGAUUUACGGCCCGAAGGGAAUCGGCGCUUGUUACGUUCGUCGUCGACCCAGGGUUCGUCUCGAACCGAUCAUCUCCGGUGGUGGACAGGAACGAGGUCUGCGCAGCGGUACUCUGGCUCCCCACCUGGUAGUUGGAUUCGGUGAGGCUUGUCGUGUGGCCGCUCAGGAUAUGGAGUAUGACUCCAAGUACAUUUCGCGGCUAUCCAAGCGCCUGACAGACGGUCUCUUGGCCAUGGAGCACACCUCUCUCAACGGUGACCCCGAACGCCGCUACCCCGGAUGUGUCAACGUCUCGUUUGCCUACGUUGAGGGAGAGUCCCUGCUGAUGGCCCUGAAAGACAUUGCACUGUCCUCCGGUAGCGCAUGUACCUCAGCGUCCUUAGAGCCUAGCUACGUCCUUCGGGCGCUUGGCAGCAGCGACGAGAGCGCCCACAGCAGUAUCCGAUUCGGAAUCGGGCGGUUCACGACAGAGGCUGAGAUCGACUAUGUGCUGAAGGCGGUGCAGGAGCGGGUGCACUUCUUGCGGGAAUUGAGUCCGUUGUGGGAGCUGGUGCAAGAGGGGAUUGAUCUGAACACAAUUGAGUGGAGUGGACAUUGAUAUCAAAACCAGCCGGUUGUCUUUUAGUAUAUGGCGUUGGAUGUAACAUAUUGUACAGAAUGAUUCCAAUGAUACGAUCAUUAAUCCGUUU